AUGCUGGAAACAGCUCGAGAGCUCACAUUAGAGGCUGCCCAGUCCGCUGCUAUCAAUCGGACCUCAAGCACCGACUAUACCUCGCGAACAUACAGCCCCGCGCACAUCAAGAAGCUCCUUGAUAGUCGUCAUGAGCGGGAAGUCCUGGAUGGAAUGCGGAAGGUCAUCUCGUUGAUGUACCGGUCCGAGCCCUCCCUUACUUUCUUUUCAGCAGUUGUUAAGAAUGUGGCCAGCGCCAACCUCGAAGUCAAGAAAUUGGUUUACAUCUACUUGGUCCAUCAUGCGGAGGCGGAGCCGGAUCUGGCACUACUGUCCAUCAACGCGAUCCAGAAAUCGCUGACCGAUUCAAGCCCACAAGUUCGAACAAUGGCGCUUCGGACUAUGUCGGGAAUCCGGGUUCCGGUAAUCAGCCAGAUUGUGUCGCUGGCUAUCAAGAGAGGAUGUGGAGAUAUGAGUCCGCACGUGCGCAAAGCGGCUGCUUUAGCUAUUCCAAAAUGUUAUCGUCUGGACCCGAACACGCUGCCACAACUGAUGGGAUAUCUUGAGAUACUUUUGGGUGAUUCCCAAUACUUCGUGGUCGGCCCCGCAGUCUCGGCAUUCUUGGAUCUGUGUCCGGAUGAGAUUGACUUAAUCCACAAGCACUAUCGCAGCUUAGUCAAGAAGCUGGUUGAUAUGGAUGAAUGGGGCCAGCUAGCAACGCUGCGCCUGUUGACGUUUUAUGCGCGAAGGUGUUUCCCUCGACGAACUCAGAAGGUCAAGCGUACAGCCCCAGAGGCAUUCUACGAUGAUGAAAAGCAGCAACAGGAUAACCAGAAUGAUUUCGAAGAUUACGAAGUUCCGGUAAUGGAUCCUGAUCUUGAGCUUCUACUCCGAGCCUGCAAGGUUCUACUGCAGAGCCGAAACUCCGCCGUUAUUGUUAGCAUCUUGGUCCCCCUUGUGGCUCUUUUACGAACCCCGGAGGACAUGCAACUCAUCGCCCUGUACAACAUUGUUGCCGUUGCUCUGAGGGUUCCUAAGCCUUUCGCAAAAUACACGGCCCAUUUCCUUGUCCACGCCAACGACCCACCGCAUAUAUGGCGUCUCAAACUGGAGGUGCUAACCAUCCUGUUCCCGCAUUGUGGAAAGCACUGGAAGGGGGUUAUAAUCAGCGAAUUGGAGCACUUCUCGAAAGGCACAGAUCCUGAGCUGGUACGAGAGAGUGUACGAGCCAUUGGGCGUUGCGCGCAAGCGGACACAAGUACCGCAGGCAUGUGCCUACGGAUCCUUCUCGGCCAAAUAUCUAGUCCAGACGGUAACCUUGUGUCAGAGUCACUAACUGUCAUCCGUCACUUGAUCCAGCAAGAUCCAGCCUCACAUAAAAAGACUGUUCUCCAGCUUGUCAAGCACCUCGGCUCAACAACCCACCCAGACGCACGAGCCACCAUUAUCUGGCUGGUUGGCGAGUUCGCUGGAAUUGAUACAGAGAACAAUAUCGCGCCUGAUGUCCUCCGCAUAUUGAUGAAAGGAUUCGCAGAUGAAAUGGAAAUUGUCAAACAGCAAAUUGUUCUCCUUGGUGCUAAGGUGUAUUUACACCAUCUCUUGCAGAAUCCACCAAAGGAACAGCCGGAACGAAUUGCGCCGCAGCCAUUCCCUGAAGCUCCCGCCAAAUCCCAGCAAGAGUUCCACAACGAAUGGUCUGACAAUGGGAACGAUGAAUCACAAGGUGCCGAGCGAACUGAAGAGGGAGAGGAGAACCGUCAAGAAAAUGACAGUGCGGAAACGAAAGAAACAGAAGAAGCAACCGAAGACCGUAUUACGCUAUUAUGGAGGUAUCUCCUCCUUCUCGCACGCUAUGACACCUCCUAUGACCUGCGUGACCGGGCUCGUCUCUACAAGAGCCUCUUGGAAACACCCUCUUCCACCCAACUUGCCAACCUUCUCCUCCUGGCACCUAAACCAGUGCCCCAUGCCCCCAGCCCAUCGGAGACGCGCAAGGACCUGCUCAUCGGUUCCGCCACUCUGGUCGUCGGCCACGACGCUGGUUACCACGGACUUCGAGGCUACACGAAUCUCCCAGACUGGGUUGAGCCAGGCCAGGAACCCGACCCCAGCCUCCGCACCGAAGAUGUGAAACCAGACACAUCUAGCAACGCCACCUCCAUGACUGCAGGUGACCGUCUUGAUAAAGCACUUCGUGAACACAAAACCACUUCUAUUCCAAGUCGGGGCCGAAGCGGCCCAGCUAUGCCUUUAGAUCCAGCUGGGAAGAAGACUCUUGAUCAGUGGCUACAAGAGGAGGAGGAAACCGGGACAGAGUCUGAAACGGAAUCCGAGGAGGACGAAACUGAUUCAGAGGAAGAGGAGACGGACUCGGAAGAAGAGUCUGGCUCAGAGGAGGAAGAUGAUGAGUCUGAAGAAGAGACUGAUUCUGAAACAGAAGCCGUUCAUAACGAAGCACAGCAGUUGCUUCGCUAA